CCAGACCAGUCUCGUUUGGUCGUCUCGUAAUUUAUCACAGUCACAACAUACUGUAAUCUCAGACCCGUCCGCCGAACGACCGCGGCUUCACAGAACUAUAAAUACUGAAAGCUUGUUUUUUUUUAACCAAACAAUCACGGACGGGUCUUCUCCGAGUAAUUGUCACUUGACAUACUCGAAAUUCAAGGUGCCCUUUCUUGGUGUUGUGUGUUAAAGACAUCAACAACUGCAGUGCUCCAUUGUUUCCAUGUGUUGAUGUUUCCUGUGGUCAGUGAAGGUUGAUUUCAGUUUUAAGCAUCAACAAAUGCGCAUUCUGUCCAGGUAUUUACACACAGUGAACUUCGUUAACGCUGGCGUGUUCCUAGUGUGUACAGAAUCACACAUCAUCUCUUGAACACGGACGCUUAUGUGUUUCUUUUCAUCACUGGUAUUUUCGAAAAUAGCUUUGGUCCAGCAGUGCAGUUGAAGCAGGUCCGUAAUAGCAGCAGGAGUUUACAGUUUUGCCAUCAAGUUUCACAGCCAGAUUUGUAUACUUGAAGUUUCUUUUUUUUUUUCUUUCUUUUUUUCUUUCUCUCUUCUUCCUGGCUGAAAGCUCCUGUGAACGUCUGAGGGGGAGAGGCUCGGCUGAGAUUUGAACCAGGCGACGAGCAGAGGUCUGACUCACGGUGAUCCGAAAGUGUGUGCGCUGAGCAAAGUGGGGGAGAGAAAAACGAUCAACAACACAACGACGGGGAACUACUUUGGAGAGUGGUUUUGUUGUUAUUUGCUGUUUCUUUUUUCGCCCUGUGUGAGCAGACGUGUUUGAAACGAGUGUGUAGACCGGCGAGAAGGUAAACAACACACAGCACAGAAAGGCGGAGUGACCGAGGCGAAGAUGAGGGAGAUUGUCCACGUGCAAGCUGGUCAGUGUGGGAAUCAGAUCGGCUCCAAAGUGAGUACUGACCUGUUCGUAUUUUUAGCGAUGUUGAAAAGUGGUCUAGUAGUGGUCUAGUCUUAAACAUUAAAAGAAUGCAGUCAGGCGUAUCUAAAUAAUUAUGAUCUGGUCGUUGACUACUUGAUGGUGGAUGGUAUUGAUGGCUCUAGUGAGGCAGAGAGAGUCCACUGGUCACUCACUCAACGGUAAAAAAGUUUAAGUUUGUAUAUGUUGAGGAAAAGUGUGUGUGUGUGGGGGGGGGGGGGUAAGAAGCAGACUUGUCAGUUUAAAAAAAUCCCUCCCCAAAUUUACUUAAGGCAUACUUCCAAAAAUGUAAAAAAGACCUACUCCCCCAAAUGUGCAUAAUACUUACUUCCCCAAAUUUACAUAAGACCUACUUAACGAUAAAACAAAUCUAUUUCACGUGUCUAGAUAAGGUAAGGUUGGACGUACAAAAACUGUGCAUACACUAUACCCUCUGAGUUUAAAACAGUGCAUUGGACUUGGACAUCUCUCUUUGUUCAUCAAGUACAUCGACACACAAUAAAUAUAAGAGAGCUGCACAGAGAUUCUAUCGUUUAUAAAAGUUUUGGACGAAGAUGCUAACGGUUUUUAGCUUUGAAGAAAUUCUUCAACUCUUAUCUUCCAAUCUCCCCACCCUACUAUCUUUAUUUACACCCCCCCCCCUGUGUCAGCGUUGUAUUGUGAAUACUUUCCUAGACUACCACUUACUGUGGAGGGUGACGAAAGCAGAAAUGUAUCCACGUAGACCCCACACAGCAGUUACGUCACGUGGCUGUGCUGUCCUCUGUGCUGUCCGCAGCACUAUGUUCACUUUUUGGACAUUUGACCUACAAGGUGUAGCAGAGUAGGGUACCGUGCUUUAAAUGAUACGGCACACACCACAACACCCCUUUAAUCUAAUUUAAUAAUGAUUUGAUUUGACACAGUACAUCACUGACACAGCACAUCACUGACACAGAACAUCACUGACACAGAACAUCACUGACACAGCACAUCACUGACACAGAACAUCACUGACACAGAACAUCACUGACACAGCACAUCACUGACACAGAACAUCACUGACACAGCACAUCACUGACACAGCACAUCACUGACACAGCACAUCACUGACACAGCACAUCACUGACACAGCACAUCACUGACACAGCACAUCACUGACACAGCACAUCACUGACACAGCACAUCACUGACACAGCACAUCACUGACACAGCACAUCACUGACACAGCACAUCACUGACACAGCACAUCACUGACACAGCACAUCACUGACACAGCACAUCACUGACACAGCACAUCACUGACACAGCACAUCACUGACACAGCACAUCACUGACACAGCACAUCACUGACACAGCACAUCACUGACACAGCACAUCACUGACACAGCACAUCACUGACACAGCACAUCACUGACACAGCACAUCACUGACACAGCACAUCACUGACACAGCACAUCACUGACACAGCACAUCACUGACACAGCACAUCACUGACACAGCACAUCACUGACACAGCACAUCACUGACACAGCACAUCACUGACACAGCACAUCACUGACACAGCACAUCACUGACACAGCACAUCACUGACACAGCACAUCACUGACACAGCACAUCACUGACACAGCACAUCACUGACACAGCACAUCACUGACACAGCACAUCACUGACACAGCACAUCACUGACACAGCACAUCACUGACACAGCACAUCACUGACACAGCACAUCACUGACACAGCACAUCACUGACACAGCACAUCACUGACACAGCACAUCACUGACACAGCACAUCACUGACACAGCACAUCACUGACACAGCACAUCACUGACACAGCACAUCACUGACACAGCACAUCACUGACACAGCACAUCACUGACACAGCACAUCACUGACACAGCACAUCACUGACACAGCACAUCACUGACACAGCACAUCACUGACACAGCACAUCACUGACACAGAACAUCACUGACACAGCACAUCACUGACACAGAACAUCACUGACACAGAACAUCACUGACACAGCACAUCACUGACACAGAACAUCACUGACACAGCACAUCACUGACACAGCACACCACUGAUACAGCACAUCACUGACACAGCACAUCACUGACACAGAACAUCACUGACACAGAACAUCACUGACACAGAACAUCACUGACACAGAACAUCACUGAUACAGCACAUCACUGACACAGCACAUCACUGAUACAGAACAUCACUGACACAGAACAUCACUGACACAGAACAUCACUGACACAGCACAUCACUGACACAGAACAUCACUGACACAGCACAUCACUGACACAGCACAUCACUGACACAGCACAUCACUGACACAGCACAUCACUGACACAGCACAUCACUGACACAGCACAUCACUGACACAGCACAUCACUGACACAGAACAUCAAUGACACAGAACAUACCUGAUACAUCACAUCACUGACACAGCAGACACAGAACAUCAGCGACACAGCACAUCACUGACACAGAACAUCAGCGACACAGCACAUCACUGACACAGAACAUCACUGCACAGCUGAUUGUGGUGUGCCACUAAAGCCCGGGAUGGGUCUAAGUGUGACGCUAAAAUCUGGGGUCUUGGUGUGCCGCAAAGAAAAAUAGGGAUCGGGGCACUGUCCCAGGCACCCACCGGGGCCAAUCCUCGUUGGAUUACUGGUCAGCAAUUUAUAUUUAUAAAUACACUAGACAUAAAUAUUUUGGCCGUCAUGUAAGGAUUGCUAUACGCUUGACGUUGUGCCACUUAAAAAAUAUACUAAAUUCUACCAAUUGUGUUGGAAUGUUCUGAGAUGCUCAAGGGCGUAUCAGCAACAAACAAGUGGUGACACUACGGUCCUAUGACAGUAGUUUUUAUUGCCGGUGAGUUUCUUUGAGCCUACUCUAAAACAAGUCCUGUGGGCUGCGUCCCAGGGAAGAGCAGAAGCGUUUGACCGGAAAAGGCAAACAAGCAAACAGAGAUGUGCCUCUCAAACUUGUCAUGCUACUCAGUGCUAAAUGAAAAAAAAAAGUUUACGUUAGAGGGCAUUACAAAGACUGUUCAAACCAUUAGAUGCGGCACUACAAAGACUGGUCAAGACAUUGUAUGGCAUUGCAACGACUGGUCAAGACAUUAUAUGGCAUUGCAACAACUGGUCAAGAAUGGGUGCUGGGUGGCCGUGUGGUCUAAACUGAGCAAAUCUCAAGUAGGUGGUCUGGAGUUCAAUUCCAGCUAGAGCAAAAACACCACCAGCACCCCGGGUAGAUGGGACUCGGAUGGGACUCGUUAACCUUGGACGGGGACUCGCUAACCUUGGACGGCAACUCAUCUAAGAGAAGGAAACUCUGAAAUCAAACCCGGAGAUGGAGUCCCGAAAGGCGGACAACAUUGGUACAAUGAAACAUUCCGACAACUCCUGCGACGUCACUGGUGCCAAGCUGUAUCAUCCAAUGAUGUUCCCUUGGGUUACCCAGCGGCGUGGAGAGAGGCGAUUUGCUGUUGGGAACCAGCUUAUAAUCCUUCAAGUAUAAUAAUCCCAGGCUAUGUGGAUUUCGUCCUACGAAGCCCACUCCAUCGUCACAUUGUGACGGACGGAUGCCAGCAAAAAAAAGCAACAACUGGUCAAGACAACAGAUGGUAUUACAAAGACUAUUCAAACCAUUAGAUACAAAGACUGGUCAAGACACUAGAUGUCAUUACAAAGACUGGUCAAGACUUUAGAUGUCAUUACAAAGACUGGUCAAGACAUUAGAUGUCAUUACAAACACAAGACAUUAGAUACACUCAAAUGUCAAAUCUUCCAAAUAACUACGGGAGGAGGAGGGUGGGGUUGGCGUACAUGCACCCUCUUCCCACAUUCGCUUGAACCCAACAAAUGAAAAUGUAUAUUAUGACUAAACAUAAUCUAUGUCAGAAACUAGCGCCUCAUUGCAAUGGCCAUUGUCAUGGCACCAGUGUAGGCCUAUCUAAUGGCUAGCCACGAAUUAGGUCGCCCUACUCAAGUCAAUGACUCUCAACAAUCACUUGCCUCCCCUUUGUUUUGCAUUGAAAUUGAUGUCACCAAGUUGAUGUGCUCUGUAACUCCUUACCCACCUCUUUCUUGAUUGGGAAACGUUUGUUUACGUUAAAAUGCAUUCUGUGUUAUGUGUGAUUUGUGUGUGUGUAAAUUAUUUGUAUUUUUCGAGGUAUGUACAUUUUCAGUUGCUGUAAUGUACGUUGAUACGUUUUCUUUCUCUGUAUUUGAAUCUGUAUUUUUAUAGAAAGUUAAUUGUAUAAUCAAAUAUUGAAUAUUAUUAGUAUCAAUUGUCAACAGCUUUGGGAGAGUUUUUCUUGGUAUGCUGGUUUGCAGUCCUUUGUUACAUAUUGCUCAUUCUACGUAUUGUUCAUUCUACGUAUUGUUCAUUCUACGUAUUGUUCAUUCUACGUAUUGUUCAUUCUACGUAUUGUUCAUUCUACGUAUUGUUCAUUCUACGUAUUGUUCAUUCUACGUAUUGUUCAUUCUACGUAUUGUUCAUUCUACGUAUUGUUCAUUCUACGUAUUGUUCAUUCUACGUAUUGUUCAUUCUACGUAUUGUUCAUUCUACGUAUUGUUCAUUCUACGUAUUGUUCAUUCUACGUAUUGUUCAUUCUACGUAUUGUUCAUUCUACAGUACGUAGCAAUACAUUCACCCUAACUUCCAAACCUACCCAAAGUUACCCACACUUUGUAUGAAAGGCAAUUUGUUCGAACACAAGUGUGUUCGAAAUUAAUUGUGUGCCACGAAGUAAUUUUCUUUAAAUUUCUAAAUGUUUAAAGGCAGUUGCCAAUGAGAAAUGCAUACAAUGUAAACAUUUAAAUAAUUUUAAUUUUUGUAUUUUUGGUUACAUUUCUUCUGUUGGAACAACAUUCCUUCAUACAUAUUGGUUUAAUACACAUUGGUUUCGUACACAUUGGUUUCUUACACAUUGGUUUCUUACACAUUGGUUUCUUACACAUUGGUUUCUUACACAUUGGUUUCUUACACAUCGGUUUCAUACACAUCGGUUUCGUACACAUCGGUUUCGUACACAUUGGUUUAGUACACAUUGGUUUCGUACACAUUGGUUUCGUACACGUUGGUUUCUUACACGUUGGUUUCUUACACAUUGGUUUCUUACACAUUGGUUUCUUACACAUUGGUUUCUUACACAUUGGUUUCGUACACAUUGGUUUCGUACACAUUGGUUUCGUACACAUUGGUUUCGUACACAUUGGUUUCGUACACAUUGGUUUCGUACACAUUGGUUUCAUACACAUUGGUUUCGUAAACAUUGGUUUCGUACACAUUGGUCAUUGGUUUCGUACACAUUAAUUUGUUUUAAUUUCCGAAUACGGUAUUUUCUGUGACAUUGUUUACGUCUAGGUCAAGGGCAGCUGCCCAAAUGUCUAAUGAACCAGGGUGGUGAUAACAUUAACAUCGCCCAAGAAUGCAAUGAGACCAUGGCUAUAUCAGGCCCGAUCGCCAGGCCCUGUCCACAGGCCUUCCCCGUUGACGCAAACUUGUCGUGACUUUUAAAUCUCUGCACACACUACCACGGUCACGUAUUUGAUCUAAACUUUAGCAUGGCAACCACCUGGGGUCAGCUGCUACCACUUUCUUUAAGUGGCACAGUUCCUUUUCCGGGUGAUGUCAUUUUGUCAGUCUGACAAGGUCGGAAUCAAUUUUAAUUGUGAGCUGAGUGCCCUUUCAAUGAUCGACGUCACCAAGCCUGGAAAAGCUGUUUCGUUUUUGUAAUGUUAAAAUGUACAGCGGAUAAGCUGUUAUGUUGGCCGUGCUCACCAGUCUGUUGGACGCAAAGGAAGUGACGUCACCUAACUUCUAUAACAUUAUUGCCUUUAUUAACGGGGUGGGGGGGGAGAGCAAAGACAAAAUCCAAAUAACAAGUCCAGUAUAGAAAGAGAUAGACAGAUGAACUGAAGAGAUGAACUGAACAGAUGGACUGAACAGAUGGACUGAAGAGAUGGACUUAACAGAUGGCCUUAACAGAUGGACUUAACAGAUGGACUUAACAGAUGGACUUAACAGAUGGACUUAACAGAUGGACUUAACAGAUGGACUUAACAGAUGGACUUAACAGAUGGACUUAACAGAUGGACUUAACAGAUGGACUUAACAGAUGGACUUAACAGAUGGACUUAACAGAUGGACUUAACAGAUGGACUUAACAGAUGGACUUAACAGAUGGACUUAACAAUUGGAAGCCUACUUAAUUUCAGUAUUACCUGCUGGUGUGGGAAUUCAACGUCUGAUAUUAAACACCGCAUAAACGACUUAUCAAGAAAGUUCCUAGGUACAUAACACAAACUAGACAUCCUUCACUUGAAGAACUAUUGGUAGAAAGAUGUUUUUGCACAUCCCACCCUCUUCAUCACAAAUACUUAGGAUCGGGCCGUUCGGGACGAGUUCUUUCCAUCAGGGCGAGGACCGAAAGAUAUAAAAAUGCAUUUGUUCCCCAAUCUGUACGAAUUUACCGGCGUCCUCCCUCUGAAGUCACACAUCUUCAUGAGAAUUAAUAAGUCCCCAGAGUCGUUCUUAGGAGUUUGGGGCCCUAAGCAUGGUGCGUAGGUUAGGGGCCCCGGAGGGGGGGGGAGGUCCGGGGGUGGAGCUCCCUCGAGUCGAGGAGAAAACACCACCCACCACUGCGGCUCCUCCAUUCUGCCUUCAUCAAUGUUUCCCUUCCCCUGCCUCCGAAUUCAACACAGAAUGGUAAAUUUCAGGAUGAGGAAGGUAACGUGAGUGACACAGACGGCUGCAGAGUGACACAGACGGCUGCAGUGUGACACAGACGGCUGCAGUGUGACACGGACGGCUGCAGUGUGACACAGACGGCUGCAGUGUGACACGGACGGCUGCAGUGUGACACGGACGGCUGCAGUGUGACACGGACGGCUGCAGAGCCAGAUAAAAAAAAAAAAAAAAACGGGGAAUCGAGGGCGCCUCACGGGGGCCCCAUCACGUGCGUGGCCCUACGCGGAUGCGUAGUCACGCGGAUGCGUAGUCAGUGUAUGCCUAAGAACGGGCCUGAAUUCCCCGAUUUGGCUAAGAGAACUCACUGAAUGGCAGUUUGAGAUAUUUUUUAUAAAUGUCUUGUCUUCAAAUUGUUUUAUGUGCUGAAAAUGUAUAAUACAAUAAAAAAACCUUUCCGUUUAUUUUGACCAAUAAAAUAAUCUGAUCUUAUCUUAUUUACAAAACAUGCAAAAUGUAUGUUUUCUAUAUUAUUUUUUCAUGUCUUGGACAUGCUAGCUUGGGUACUUUGCUCGAAACUGCCUGAGGACCACUGGCGUGUCCUAUUAAUAUACCUGGUCAUGGUCCUCGUGCCUAUGCUGUCGAUAGUUUUCCUAGCACCGUCCAGUGACACACAGACUAAUUGUCCCACUGUCUGUCUGCCGUGUCCCCCACCUCACACCAUCUCAUACCGUCUGCCGUGUCCCCCACCUCACACCAUCCCACACGGUCUCAACGUUUCCGCGGCGUCAGCGAUAUUUAUAAAUGCCGUGACGUCAUAAAUGAAAUACUCUCAGACCUUUCACCCACCCAAGUAGUCAGUUGCUUAGAAUCGUAUGCGAUCGUGUGCACAAAUCUGAUUAGACCUAGUGUUUUAAGACUCUAUUCAUGGUUACUCAAGUCAGUCAGUUCCAUUAAAAAAAUAAUACCUUAUGCAAUUAUUAUCAAUGGGGUCAAAUUGAAAUGUGAUGUUUUAAAAUGUAAUAUAUUAACUGUAAUGAAUUGCAGAAGUUGUCCUUUGACGCUACAUGGUGACGAGAGAUGGGGAAAGGGGGUGGGGGGGUGAAGGGCUAAAACUGUCUCCACGGUCUACUGGCCUCACCAGUGUCCUUUAGCUUGACGAACGGUCUCAAUCUUACAUAAACUUCUCCCCUCCCCCUGGAACCAAUCCUGUUCUCUAAGCCUCUGGAUUGUGGCAAGUUUAUAGAAUAUAGUCAUAGAACCAAUAGGAAAAAGUAUUACGAAUGUCCAUGUUAGGAUUUAGCUGUAUCUUGCAUUUAUGUGUAUAAACCGACACCCCUCCCGCAUUUCCUGAUUCUCCGCUCCUGGUCCAACGAGGUCAAGGUCAGAAACGUAACUGCUGAGGCAGGGUAACACAUCAAGGUGUCGAUCUGGAGUUGACGUUUAUACUUGAGUUGGACAUAACACGCACAAUUGUAACACAAAACACACCACCCACACGUCACACACCACCCACACGUCACAUUUCACCUUCAUGCAGGGCCGGACUUAGACUUGCUGAGGCCCUAAACUAUAUAAGCCCCCCCCCCCAGACCCCACCACCCACUCAAUUAUAAACACACCCCCCCCCCGUCACACACCCCCCCCACGUCACAUUUCCCCUUCAUGCAGGGCCGGACUUAGACUUGCUGAGGCCCUAAACUAUAUAAGCCCCCCCCCCCCCGACACACUCACACACUGUAUUAAAUGACAUAAUCUGGUCAAAGAGAAGUUUCAAAUAUCUAUUACAUCACUCUCUUAAAUUUAUGGAAUGUAUUGUCUUUUGCCUAUUUUUUUAUUUUAAAUGUUUAUAAAAAUCACAGUAAUAAUUUUAUAAUAGAACUAAUCAACACCAAGGACACUGAAAAUACAUUAUCUCAUAAAAUGCAGCCCACCUCCUGAUUCCUGGAAUACAUUAUCUCAUAAAAUGCAGCCCACCUCCUGAUUCCUGGGUUCGUGGUGACAGCCCUAUGAUAAUCACUGCUAUACGUGAUUUGACCCGCGUAAUGAGCUGCCAUGUUUGAUGUUACAGUUCAGUAGAUAUAAGCUGCCAUGUUUGAUGUUACAGUUCAGUAGACAUUAGCCGCCACGUUUGAUGUUACAGUUCAGUAGAUAUAAGCUGCAAUGUUUGAUGUUACAGUUAAGUAGAUAUAAGCUGCCAUGUUUGAUGUUACAGUUCAGUAGAUAUAAGCUGCAAUGUUUGAUGUUACAGUUCAGUAGACAUUAGCCGCCAAAUUUGAUGUUACAGUUCAGUAGAUAUAAGCCGCCAUGUUUGAUGUUACAGUUCAGUAGACAUUAGCCGCCAAGUUUGAUGUUACAGUUCAGUAGAUAUAAGCCGCCAAGUUUGAUGUUACAGUUCAGUAGAUAUAAGCCACCAUGUUUGAUGUUACAGUUUAGUAGACAAGUAGAUAUAAGCCGCCAUGUUUGAUGUUACAGUUCAGUAGACAUUAGCCGCCAUGUUUGAUGUUACAGUUCAGUAGACAUUAGCCGCCAUGUUUGAUGUUACAGUUCAGUAGAUAUAAGCCGCCAUGUUUGAUGUUACAGUUCAGUAGACAUUGGCCGCCAUGUUUGAUGUUACAGUUCAGUAGACAUUAGCCGCCAUGUUUGAUGUUACAGUCCAGUAGAUAUAAGCCCCCAUGUUUGAUGUUACAGUUCAGUAGAUAGGCCGCAAACUCAACUAAUGGCUAACAACGGAUGAGGUUGCCCUACUCAAGUCAAUGACUCUCAACUAAUGGCUAACAACGGAUGAGGUCGCCCUACUCAAGUCAAUGACUCUCAACUAAUGGCUAACAACGGAUGAGGUCGCCCUACUCAAGUCAAUGACUCUCAACUAAUGGCUGACAACCAGUUUGUUGAAACAUGAAAGAUCGCACGACGCCAAAAAAAAAAAAAAGUUACAAAAUCGCAACUAUGGGGGCACAUGUUCCAUUGACUUGGUCCACUUCUCAACCUCCCGCCCCGCCUAGCGAGCACACAACCCCCCCCCCCCCCCGAAGUUGCAUGCUGACCUACGACCUAUGGUGUGACGUUAAUGAGUUGGCAGUUGGCAGUUGGCACUCGUGGCUUGGUUGUAAUGAGGAAAUAUAAAACGUAUGCCCUCUUCACCCUCUCUAGUGCGUUUAGAUAUUAUAUUGACCUAAAGUCCCACAUGCCCCGAAGUCCACCAUAGCCAUAAGAUGCAUGUGUCAUACGAUUUGACCAAGGUUGUGCUCUUUCUUUAAAUCUGACAUCUGCUUCUCUUGUCUUGUUCUUUUGUUUACUUUGACCAGAGGCAUGGUUACUUGUGCAUAUUUUCAAAACUAUUUUUUUUUUUUAUUCGAUCUACUCUACUAGUUGUUGUUUUCGAUCUACCCCACUAGUUGUAUUCGAUCUACCCUACUAGUUGUAUUCGAUCUACCCUACUAGUUGUUUUCGAUCUACCCUACUAGUUGUAUUCGAUCUACCCUACUAGUUGUUGUAUUCGACCACUAGUUCAGCUAUCCAAUACCUUGUACAACAACUUUGUAUAACUUGCAACGUCAUUUCCACCAAUUUUCUUCCAUCAGUUUUAAACUGCAACAUGGGUGUAUGGAUGUGUGUACUUGUGUGUAUGGAUGUGUGUGUGGAUGAAAUUACUUGUGUGUAUGGAUGUGUGUACUUUUGUGUAUGGAUGUGUGUACUUGUAUUAAUAUGUAUACUUCUAUGGAUGUGUGUACUUGUAUGGAUGUAUGUACUUCUAUGGAUUUGUGUACUUGUAUGGAUGUAUGUACUUCUAUGGAUGUGUGUACUUGUAUGGAUGUUUGUAGGCCCAUGUGUAGACAUUUGUAAAUUUUUUUUUGCAAGGCUGCAAUUAUACUCAGUUGUGUGCGAUUCUUUCUGUUGAAGGUGGCCAGGUGGCCUUAUCGGCCAACUUUAAAUGUUUGAUUUUUUUCGUGGGGCAAAAAAAAAAUGGGGGGGGGGGUGUUACAAUAUUUGAGUAUAAUUGAGUGAAAACCCCUCUUACUCAGUCAGCAAAAACUACCCCUGAAACGGGAUCUAUCAAGACCUAUCGCGAUGACAUUUGUAAAUUUUUUUUUGCAAGGCUGCAAUUAUACUCAGUUGUGUGCGAUUCUUUCUGUUGAAAGUGGCCAGGUGGCCUUAUCGGCCAACUUUAAAUGUUUGAUUUUUUUCGUGGGGCAAAAAAAAAAUGGGGGGGGGGGUGUUACAAUAAUUGAGUAUAAUUGAGUGAAAACCCCUCUUACUCAGUCAGCAAAAACUACCCCUGAAACGGGAUCUAUCAAGACCUAUCGCGAAGGGACAUGCCGAUUGCAUUGGGGGGGGGGGGGUAUGCUAUUGUUUGCGUAGUAAGAACAUACAGUUGGUUCCAAUUUUCUUGACCAAAUCUACUUGGUACCCACCCAUCUCUGCCUCUAGUUGUUUGACCAAAUCUACUUGGUACCCACCCAUCUCUGCCUCUAGUUGUUUGACCAAAUCUACUUGGUCUCCACCCAUCUCUGCCUCUAGUUGUUUGACCAAAUCUACUUGGUACCCACCCAUCUCUGCCUCUAGUUGUUUGACCAAAUCUACUUGGUCUCCACCCACCUCUGCCUCUAGUUGUUUGACCAAAUUUACUUGGUCUCCACCCAUCUCUGCCUCUAGUUGUUUGACCAAAUCUACUUGGUCUCCACCCACCUCUGCCUCUAGUUGUUUGACUAAAUUUACUUGGUCUCCACCCACCUCUGCCUCUAGUUGUUUGACCAAAUCUACUUGGUCUCCACCCAUCUCUGCCUCUAGUUGUUUGACUAAAUUUACUUGGUCUCCACCCACCUCUGCCUCUAGUUGUUUGACUAAAUUUACUUGGUCUCCACCCACCUCUGCCUCUAGUUGUUUGACCAAAUCUACUUGGUCUCCACCCAUCUGUCUCUAGUUGUUUGACCAAAUCUACUUGGUCUCCAACCAUCUCUGCCUCUAGCUGUUUGACCACAUCUACUUGGUCUCCACCCAUCUCUGCCUCUAGUUGUUUGACCAAAUCUACUUGGUCUCCACCCAUCUCUACCUCUAACACCCCCCCCCCUCUGUUAAAAUUGACGUAACAUUGACGUCAUAGACUGCCAUUUCGUCAAAGUAAACAUGGCAGUGAUGCAUGGAAGAGUCCUAAGAAAAGCGUUGCUAAGAGUGCAAGUCAGCUGAGCGUCACAGACAAACACCAGGCUCAACGGGGAACGGUCUAAAUGUAGAUACUCUGACGUGGAUGACACCAGGAACGGCUCCUACUUAACUUCUGUUUCCCCUUUCCUGAAAAGAAAAACCAACACAAGCCCUAGGAUUCGUCAAAUGUGUAUAUAUCAUCAGAAUUCGCCAAAUGUCACCAGGAUUCGUCACAUGUCGCCUGGAUUCGUCAAAUGUCGCAUGGAUUCGUCAAAUGUCGCAUGGAUUCGUCAAAUGUCGCAUGGAUUCGUCAAAUGUCACUUGGAUUCGUCAAAUGUCCCUUGGAUUCGUCAAAUGUCACUUGGAUUCGUCAAAUGUCCCUUGGAUUCGUCAAAUGUUACAUGGAUUCGUCAAAUGUCACAUGGAUUCGGCUCUGUCACGUGGCAGACAGUUAUAAAGAUUGCCUAUUCUGCAUGAAUAUUUCUCGACGGCUUUUAAAAUAAUUAAAAUGCAACAUUACCUUUGGCCCAAUCAGUACCACUCUCACCCUGUACAAUCAGUCCCACUAUCACCCUGUACAAUCAGUGCCACUAUCAACCUGCACAAUUAGUGCCACUAUCACCCUGCACAAUCAGUGCCACUAUUACCCAGUACAAUCAGUGCCACUAUCACCCAGUACAAUCAGUGCCACUAUCACCCUGUACAAUCAGUGCCACUAUCACCCAGUACAAUCAGUGCCACUAUCACCCUGUACAAUCAGUGCCACUAUGACCCUGUACAAUCAGUGCCACUAUGACCCUGUACAAUCAGUGCCCCUUUCACCCUGCACAAUCAGUGCCACUUUCAUCCUCCACAAUCAGUGCCACUAUCAACCUGCACAAUCAGUGCCACUAUCACCCUGUACAAUCAGUGCCACUAUCACCCUGCACAAUCAGUGCCACUAUCACCCUGCACAAUCAGUGCCACUAUCACCCUGCACAAUCAGUGCCACUAUUACCCUGCACAAUGAAUGACUAACUUUUUUAUGCACAAAUAAACAGCCCCCCCCCCCCCCUUUCCACCCACAGUGUGCUGAACUGAUCUCACUUGUCAGCCACUCUCACUGAGUGGCCCAUCGAAAACUGUUACACAUCCGCAAUGAGUUUGCCAUCUUGCACAGCCAUCGAUGUGAUCACCCCAUCACGAGUGCAACCAAUGUAAGCACAUGACUGCGCCAGUGUAAGCACAUGACUGCGCCAGUGUAAGCACAUGACUGUGCCAGUGUAAGCACAUGACUGCAACAGUUUAAGCACAUGACUGCACCAGUGUAAGCACAUGACUGCACCAGUGUAAGCACAUGACUGCCACCGUGUAAGCACAUGACUGCACCAGUGUAAGCACAUGACUGCAACUGUGUAAGCACAUGACAUAUUUGUGCACUUCUCCCAACUAUUUAAAACAGACUAAAUAUUCUCUUCUACCAGUGUAUCCAUCAAUCCACCAAAUCUAUCCAUUCAUUUGUCUAUCAAACAUUCGUUAUUUACCGCUGCCUAAAAUGAAAGAUGUCAGAUACAUGACAUCUAGGUCAUGUGUGGAAGGGGGGGAGCGGCUUUUGUUGGACCGUUGGAAAAAAAAAGUGUACCCCCAUCUUUGCCUAAAAAUUUCUACCGAACUAACAUUUUAACACAACUUUCGCUUUUAGCUCUGUCGUUUACACAUCCUAGCUAGUCUAGUGCAACCGACAUUCAACAUGUAUAUGUGAGAGAGAAAUAUGGGGGAAAUAUUAAUAUUACCGUAUUAUGACGACUCUGCGCAUAUCAUUAUGUAUAUGUUACGACUUAAUUUGACUUAAAGUGAUUAUUUGGAUCGUUUUUUUUGUUGUUUUUUUGUUGCUAUUAUAAAGUCAUAGAAUGUUUAUACACAUCGGUGGUGAAACAUUCUUUGUUCAAAGUUUAAAAUAAAAACUCUCGUGCAUGUUGUCAAACGACUCACAACAAACUAAACCCAUCACCCAUCCCGUGCUGUGCCAUUCACAACACAACUAAACCCAUCACCCAUCCCGUGCUGUGCCAUUCACAACACAACUAAACCCAUCACCCAUCCCGUGCUGUGCCAUUCACAACACAACUAAACCCAUCACCCAUCCCGUGCUGUGCCAUUCACAACACAACUAACUGUACUAGCCAUCGCUAGAAAAUCUUCAUCUGCGAUUUCACCAUUUCACCAGGGGUUUUUCACGUCAACCCAGGUAUGAGAAAUCUGACCCAGUUUAUGUAGGGUCGGGGGUCAAGGUUCAACCUUCCACGCUGGCACAGGGAUGAGUCAGUCAAUCUGAUCGGUCAUCAAAUCCGCGGAAAUAACAGACCCACCUUCACAUUUUCAUCUUUUUUUUUUAAUAUAUAGAUGUGAAUAAGAAAUAACAAAAUAAGGACUUGCUUAAGAUAAAAUAAUGCUAAAUAUAUUUUAAGGAAUUAACUAAUAUUAAUUAAAACUUUGUUGAAAGAAAUAAAACUUCGAACUAGGUAUAGUAUAAGUAUAAACUUUGUAUGGAAUGACGUGAUCAAACGAUCCCCUUAAGCGUGCAGCUUUAGAACUAAAUGACACCGUGUUUUAAUGUUUUCACCAAGAAGUGUACGUGUAAUAAUUUAUGAACUAUAAGAUUUUCAUUUUAUAAACCCAUUGCACUUGUAGUUGUUUGUUGUACGUCAAUGUUUAUCAAAGCCUCAGAACCAUUGCUUUAGGUUUUAUUUCGUGGUGGUUUGACGUGGUUCAGUCUCCCUAUUCCAACACGGUUAACUCCCCCUUUCAAACGAGUUUACACUUUUCACUACAUCGUACUGGACAUUUUAAUAGCCAAAGGAAUGAAAAAACAGGAUGGGGAACAAGCAAGGGAAAACAGAAUAGGGGACGUGUGCUAUGAAGAAAUGAAAACAGAAACACUGCCACUACCGAUGGUCUCGUUCAGGGGUCCUCUAACUUUUGAAUCAGGGGCCCGAUGCACCCAUACAACACUGUCCCAUAGACUUUAGUUUGAAAAAAUGCCAUAUAAUUCUUAUGCACAUUACACUUGCCUUAUUUUUAGUGGGGGAAAAAAAACAGUAAAAUACAAUACAAUACCGUAUUUAAAUUGAAGAAAUAUUUUAUUCAACAAGUUGUAGGAUUUCGCUUUGAAGCGUGGGCCUGCCUUUGGCUAGUGGAAAGGGUCAAUGCCCGGUUCUAUAUAUGUCACUGCUACCCGGGUAACCGAACGAUUGCCCCCGGUGGCCUGGAUCUAGCCCGCGGGCCGUAAUUUGAGCACCCCUGGUCUACUUCAUUUCAAGAGCAUCGAUUGAUGUGGAAACAUUUCCGCUUGUGUGUCAUCCUUUAUCAUUCCGCGCGUGCGUGCUGCGGCAAAGUGCUGCCUACUGCCCUCCACAGCAGUGGUUCUCUUGAUUUAGUUUAGCUGGUACCGCCUCGAUUAGUAGAUGCAUUGACUUUGAAAUAGCACUUUAAACAAUAAAAGAAUUGAUGGCGUCAAAUCUUUUAUUAGUAUUAUUAUUUUAAUGUAAAGACAAAAUACCCGGUGACCAAAUCAGGAAUAUAUACCGGUAUAGAAAUUAUGGAUACUAUUAUUACGAAAAUAUUUUUGGUCAAAAUUAGUGCGAUUUCAACAAAAUAGCCUAAGACAAUGAACUCCUAUAGCUAUAGUAAUAUAUUUUUUUUAAAAAAGCCUAUUUAUGACGCUGUUGAAUCUCCUACAAAAAUGUCGAUUAUUAAAAAUCAACAUUUGGUAUCAUCUGAUCAUAAAUUUUAUCACCGCUGGGUCAACACGGUCCUGGUAUGUUAUGGGAUUUCGGCCAAACAGAGAUGAGCAACUGACUAUUGAUAUCUGCUUUGAACUGGAUGUGGCGUUAUCUCCAACAUUCCUCACACUGUUCCGGUGGGCAUUACUGACAGUAUUUGGUGGAGCUCUCCUGGCCGGACUGUGAUGAAAAUCAAGCGAAAUACUCUCGUUUACUAAUAUUUUGUUGCCAGAAUACACACAUAUUUUUAAAAUGUAAAAGUGGGUUUAAGCAUAACCUCAUUACAAAAAAAAAAAAAAACAUAUAUAGUUUAUAAUUUUAUUUUUUAAACAGUUCUAAGGUUUUUAUUUUCACAUUUGUAAUUGUAUUUCUUUCUUUUAUCACGACGAACCAUUAUUAUGACUCUUAUUUGGCCUCGACCUAAGAUCAUCUGGUAAACUUGUUAUUCAUGCAAUCGAUUUCUGCUGUACAUUUGUAAAUUUGAUAUUUCUGUUGUACUUAGCAUUUGGGUAAACUUUAUAUUAUUGUUGCACCUAAAAUUUGGGUAAACUUUAUAUUUCUGUUGCACCUAAAAUUUGGGUACACUUGAUAUUUUGUGGCAAGGAAAUCCGUGUGUGUUUUGUGUGUGUGUGUGUGUGGGGGGGGGGGAGUAAUCAUUCCAUAUUCAUUCUUAAUCUUGAGAACAAUUAAGCUAUUUAUACUUUGUAGCAAUAGACCGUAGAAUUACACUGAAUGUAACAAUAGACUGUAGAACGACACAGAAUUGCACUGAAUUCACCAUACAACACUCAUUCUCCGUCCACAUCUUUAUCCUCUUCCCUAUCUUGAACCGGCCCGAGUGUGGUAAUCUCUUGGUGCCCAAUGAAUAAAGGGACCCCCCCCCCCCCCCCCCCCCCCCCCCCCCCCCCACAUCUUUAUCCUCUUCCCUAUCUUGGACCGGCCCGAGGGUGGUAAUCUCUUGGUGCCCAAUGAAUAAAGAGACCCCCCCCCCCCCACCCUGACCUCGUGCCGGCCGGCAGCAUGGGUCUUAGGCCCGGUCUAGACAGAAGAUCGAUCGAGGCCCGAGGAUGUGCCGGGUGGAACAUGUCAUGGACUAAUAGCAUUACAUUUGUUAGAAUUAGACCAAUACCAUUAUAUUGUUAGAAUCAGACCAAUACCAUUACAUAUGUUAGAAGUAGACCACUACGAUUAGGCCCUACAUAUGUCAAAAGUAGACCAAUACCAUUAUAUAUGUCAGACUUAGACCAAUGCCAUUACACAUGUUAGAAGUAGACCAAUACCAUCGGAAAUGAACUAUGGGAACGUGUCGAGAAAGGUUUACAGAUAAAUACACAAAGUUUUAACAAUGGUAAAUUCUACAUGACACAUAAAGUGGGGUGGGUGGGUGGGGGCGUUGUCAGUGGUGGAUUAAUGAAAUUAAAAUACAGAUGGCAUGGCAUCGCAAAAAAAUAAUAAUAAAUUCUGUUAGUGUUUUAAACUGUAGGGUGGUCUACCAAUUAGUUUUGAACAGUUCAUUAUAACUUGUUUUAAUAUACGGUAAGAAAUUUUGAUUAGUCCAGGAGCUUCUACACUGGAGUGUGUGGGGGGUGGGGGGGGGGGGGGUUGGACGUCACUUGAGUAACCAGGUAUUUUAGCCCCUUGUAAGGCCCUUUAUAAAAUUACUUAAUUAAUUACAUAUAAGAUUUGUUCCACACAUGCCAGUUAGUCAUUUACAUUUGUUCGUUCCCGAACUAUGGUGCAUUCUUAAAUCAACUAUUAGUUUAAACUGAAAAAAAAAGUCAGGACCUACGAGGCUGUCUCAUCUUGUAGGCUUACUGAUGACGCAACUCACACAUCGGUCUACACGAGUGCGCAAAUGUUUUUCAAAAGUCAACAAGCUGGCAACUUAGAGUCGUGAGUAAUGAAAUGACAAUUCUGCUACGGGUCGAAGAUGUCGUCAGCUUCUUAAAUUUUCGAGCGCCCCCCCCCCCCAUUUUUUUUUCUUCAGCUAGGGUUGGGGGGGGGGUGGUUGCAAGGCCUACGCGACGGCUCAUCCAUUGUAUGCACUACAGUGCAGAGGCGUCAUUUCAGGUUUUUUCAAAAUUGGGCCGGGGGGGGGGGGGCAAAACUUGUUCGGCUUGUUAAGUUGUUUAUUACUGAAGGCCCCACUGUGCAUAGCGAUUUAAAUAAAACCUGAAAAUUCAGGGGAGUGCGAGCAAAUGCCCCACCCUGCUCUACCCUAAUUACGUCCCUGCAGCAGUGUAUUCAUUUCUGAAGCAUCUCAUGCUAAAAAUAUUUGUAAAAUGGACCAUUGAUUUUCAGCAUUCUUAUUCACUUGAAAACCCACAUAAAUCUCCCAAUUCUGUAUGAGCUAUUUUUGUUUGUGCUUUGAACAUAUUGAAAAUCCAAAUACUAAUUGGCCCCUCCCCACCCCCAGACGGCUGCAACCGCGAGAGGAAGGCUAAUUAACUGGCUUGCAGCGGCCUUUCGUGGCAACAGCUGUGCGAGUCUUUACUGCAGUGACUCUCGAGUAACUGUGCUUGAGGUCAUCCAAUCCUCCCACAUUCAAGCGUGAAAUUAACCAAAAUAUACUAUAAAAAUUAUAUGUGACGCACAUUGAAAACGAAUGAUUUAAAAAGAGUUCAUGAAACGCAGCCAGUUUGCACUAUAAUUUAGAAUCCGUAAAUCGAUGUGCAUUUUCUUUCUUAGAAUAGUAUGUCAACAGCCGUUACAGUAUAUAAGAUAUAAUGACAUGUGAGUCAUAUCUAUGGUGGGGUUUAUGAUUUUGUUGUGAAAUAUUCGUGACUUUGACCCAUUUAUUUUGGUUUUAGGGAAAAGUAUUUUUUUUUUCCUGCACUUGACACAUACCUGGCUAUAAGUUUUAGUAACAUGAAAUGAUAUGAAAAUUAAAAAAAAAUGUAUUUUCCUUCUUAUUUUGUUUGAGGAUUCAGAAGUGACAAAAGACCAUUUUUUUUCCUUCUCUUUUUUUAUUAUAGAUUGUAAAAUUUUCGGGGUGGGGAUUACAAAAUAAGAAAAGAUUCGAACAUUAACGUAUUUCAGUGUUGAGUGUAGUGUAGCACACAAUUUAAAUUUAACAAUUUUAAGUAAGCUAUUAUAGUCUAUAGUUAUAGUAUAGUAUAGACUAUAACUAUACUAUAGUAUAGUGACUAAGACUAUAGAUAGUUAAGAUAGUCUAUGACUAUACUAUAGACUAGACUGUAGACGUAGAAAGUACAUUAGGGUUACGUGUUUACUAUUAAACUAUUUAAUUUAGUAUUUAUGAGCAUAAUUGAAUUCAGACGAAUUUUGCCUUUUAGACUAAAGUCAAAGACCAUUCUGACAUUGACAAGGCAUUCAAAACGGGCUAUUUUAAAUCGUAUUUGGGGGUGGGAUUCCUAUUGUUUGCCCAUACUUACUAUACUCACACAUUUACAUCACACAGUGUUAAUUUUUUUACAAAGGAAAUGAUAUACUAAUAUUUUGAUAUUUAUAGGGGUAUUCCUUAAACAAAACAAAUAAGCAAGGUAAACCUUCACCCCCACCCCUUUUUAAAGGCAAAGGCCUAUUAAAAAAAAGCAAAAACAAGCCAAUAGCUAAUUACUAAUCAAAAUUUAAAUUGUUUGUUUGUGGCCUAUGCCCCAGACGGGACGACAGGCGAUGAUGAUGAUUUGGGGGGGGGGGGGGGAUUAAUAAGGUUUUACAAAAUUCAUAAAGACCUCUAGAACAACAUAACUAUAUUUAAAAAAAAAAAUCUUAAUUCUUUCAAAUAAAAGUUUGACAAAUUUAUUUAUUUAAUUCUCUGAUAAUAUGAACUUUUUGUUUUGACAGUUCUGGGAGUGCAUAUCUGAUGAGCAUGGCAUUGACCCAACAGGAAACUACCAUGGCGACAGUCCACUUCAGUUGGAGAGGAUCAAUGUCUAUUACACAGAGGCUUCAGGUAAUUAAAUCAAACUGUUGCUAAGUUACCUUUUUUAAUGCAUGUUUUACCAGAACCAGAUGAUGAAAAAUAUUUAGAUAUAAAUCAUAAGUUAUUCCUGUGCUAAACUUCAGCAUCCUAUAAGAGAAUAAAAGUUAACUAUAAGAGGAUAAAUAGUUGACAUGGGCCUCUUUUGCAAAAUGUUAAUGCCAUUCUAGCCAUUUAUCACAACUAUAAUAUUGGAAUGAAACUUUUGGGUCAUAUAUAACAAAUUUAUGUCCUUGAUCAAUGCAACAGGAUCAUUUUAGAUGUUAAUUAUUGAAAUAAGUAAAAUUUAAUGAUUACUUUGUAGAAGUUGUUAAAGAGCUCAACAAAUAAUUGAAAUACACUGCUUUUCUCUCUUUGCUGCAAUCUUAAACAAAUAUAUACAUUUUACAGGUGGUAAAUAUGUUCCCCGAUCAGUUCUUAUUGAUUUGGAGCCUGGGACGAUGGACGCUGUCAGAUCAGGAGCUUUUGGUCAGUUAUUCAGACCUGACAACUUUGUGUUUGGACAGACUGGGGCAGGCAACAACUGGGCCAAAGGUCACUAUACAGAAGGGGCCGAACUUGUAGAUGCUGUCAUGGAUGUCAUUAGAAAAGAAUCUGAAAACUGCGACUUUCUGCAGGGAUUAAAAAAAAAAAAAAAAAAAAAGGGAAAAGCUCAGUUCUAUUCUUUUAUUUAUGCAAGAGCAUUUUGUCAAAUAAUUAUUUAAAAUAUGCUUCAGUUAAUAAAUGAGUAAUAAGGACUAUAUAAUUUAGUGAGUUUUAAAAUUUAGGUAUAUAAAAUCAUAAAUGUGCAAUAAGACGAUAUAAAAGUUAGUAUGACAUUGGUCAAGUCAAUCCAUGUCAGAAUGAAAAAAUCCACACUUUAUUUAGUGGCUGUGAAAUUUAUAAUACCAGUGGUUAAUUUGUACCUAGUGGUUGAAGGAAAUAAGGUUUGUCCCUGAGUGGAUGAAUGAUCAUGAAAUGAAAUUUAAAUGUUGCAUUUGUAUUUAAAAUGUUAAGACAAAAUUUUCUUGAUUUCAGGGUUUUCAACUGGCCCAUUCACUUGGUGGUGGUACUGGAUCAGGGCUGGGCACUUUGCUCAUUAGUAAAAUGAGAGAAGAGUACCCUGAUAGAAUCAUGACCUCUUUCUCUGUUGUUCCUUCACCUAAAGUAAGUCCUUAAAAUAAAAAUUGGACCUAUUGCUAGAACAAUUAGAGUACCAGUAAAAAAUUAACAAUGUUAAAUAUUGAAAGUAAUUGAUAUAUGAAAUAAAUUACAUUAAUUUUUUUUAUAAUGUUACUUAAUGGAUGGGAAAUAUUAUUGAAUUCAAAAGCCAUUUAAAAUUUAUUAUGAGUUAAUUAUUAUUUUGUUGGGGGUCUUCAUCCUCCUCUGUGUAUUACAUUUGUCUUUUUUAAAAAGUGUAUUUCAACAAUAUUUUACUUAGAUAACAUUUGCAAUAAAAUAUUUUGAUUUGCUAGUGUGUUAAAUUGUUUGUGUUGCCGACCGGUAUAUUGUAUAUUUUAAAUAUAAUAUAUUGUAUCAGCUUCAACUUCAAUGGCUUUAAAUUAAAGAGGUUUAUAAGAAGAAGCAUUCAGUUUUUUGUGCAAAUUUCAGUUACCAGUGUACAUAUUUCAUUGUGAUCUCAACAGUGGUCAUUUCAAAAUGGCUUCUUACAUUGCUUAUGGUAGGCCUUUAUGUAGCUUUAUUUUGUGACUGAUCUUUGAAUUUUCCAAAAGAUAAGGUUUCUCUUGUAUUUUUUCUAACAGGUCUCUGAUACAGUUGUAGAGCCCUACAAUGCAACACUGUCAGUCCAUCAGCUGGUAGAAAACACAGAUGAAACCUACUGCAUUGACAACGAGGCUCUUUAUGAUAUCUGCUUCAGAACCUUGAAGCUGUCAACCCCAACCUAUGGUGACCUCAAUCACUUGGUUUCUAUCACCAUGUCAGGGGUGACAACCUCCCUCAGAUUCCCUGGUCAGUUGAAUGCAGAUCUCCGCAAACUUGCUGUAAACAUGGUCCCUUUCCCACGCUUGCACUUUUUCAUGCCUGGGUUUGCACCUCUUACAUCCAGGGGGAGCUCUCAAUAUCGAGCCCUCACCGUUCCAGAGCUGACUCAGCAAAUGUUUGAUGCAAAGAACAUGAUGGCCGCAUGUGAUCCAAGACACGGCCGCUACCUUACUGUGGCUGCAAUGUUCAGAGGUCGCAUGUCCAUGAAAGAAGUUGAUGAGCAGAUGCUGAAUGUUCAAAACAAAAACUCAUCCUACUUUGUGGAAUGGAUUCCCAACAACAUCAAAACUGCUGUUUGUGACAUUGCACCAAGAGGCUUGAAAAUGUCUGCAACUUUCAUUGGAAACAACACUGCAAUUCAAGAGCUUUUUAAGCGCAUCUCUGAGCAGUUCACAGGUUUGCUUUUUAAUUAUGUUUUUAAAGGGAAAAAGUACUUGAAACUUUUGGAGAAAAAUAUGUAUUCAAAACUUAAGCAAUGUCUUACGUCACCAAGAGGCCUUGACCAAUAAGCCUUGACUUCAACGGUGUAGAAAAUAGUAUUUGAUGGGUAAAUAAAAUCUUACUUUGUCAUUGAAAUGUAACAAUCAACAAGAUGGCUUUUUACUUGUGAUAUACAGAUGAAUCAUGGAAACACUAUUUAUCUAUAUAGCAAGACUAAUCAAUAAGCCUGAACCUACCAAGUCAGGCUAAUAGUAAAACCAUAAACACAAAAGAAUAUUUUUAAAAAGAAUUACAUUUUUUAGUUUGAUUCUUUUAAACUUAGGUAUAAAAAAGUGCAAUGUGCUUUAAUUUCAAAUAUUAAGUAAGUUUAAAGAAUAAAAACGAACAAAAAUAUAAUAGUGUGCACAAAAAUAAAAAUGCUAAAGAAAAUAAAAGAGGUAUAAAUUGAGUACCAUUUCUAUUCUAUACUCAGCCAUGUUCCGUCGUAAGGCUUUCCUCCACUGGUACACCGGCGAGGGAAUGGAUGAGAUGGAGUUCACAGAGGCAGAGUCCAACAUGAACGAUCUUGUUUCUGAGUACCAACAGUACCAAGAAGCUACUAUCGAUGAGGAUGUAGAGGUUGAAGAGGGAGCUGAUGAAGAUGCUGGAGAUCUGUAGAAAUUGGAGCAGCUCUUUACGAUCAGUUGUUACCACUAAAAAUUCAUUUCCAUAAUCUGGACAUUUCAGUCGUCAAAUUUUACCCUUCUUUUUGGUUUGUUAAAUUGAGACCACCCACUUACUGACACAGUGUGUCAACCAGAAACAUGUUCUUGUUGAAGGAACUCCACUUGGAGAUUCCAGCUUGCCAAAUGUAAUCAAUGUUAAAAUCUGUUAUGUUUGUUUUUGUUUCAUGCUAUGUAUCUUUAAUAAAUUUGUAUUAAAAAAAUCCACCAAAGUUUGGUAUUUACAGAGCAAAAAACCUAUAUCAAUAUUACAAUAUUUUGGUGUGUGGUUAGUUACCUUCAAUCAUAUUUUGCAUUUUUUUUCUCUUUUUUGUGGGGGGUGGGGUAGAUCAAUAAUUUGCUUAACCGACUUUCCAAAGCAUUUAAUAAAACUGAUGUUAAUUUAAUAUUAUGUAUAUUGCAUGACCUACUGUUAAACAUGCUCAAAAUCGGGUACUUACUUUUGGGAGCUUUCAUUUACGCUCAAUAAAUUUCUGUGCUGCAUAACCAUACUCU